AUGGCUGCUGCAAAGUAUCUGCCGCCAGAAGAUCAGUUUCUGUGCUCCAUCUGUCUGGACGUGUUCACUGAUCCUGUCACCACAUCAUGUGGACACAACUUCUGCAAAAACUGCAUCAAUAAACACUGGAAUACCAGCAACAGGUGCCUGUGUCCAAUGUGUAACAAGGUUUUUAUCACAAGACCUGAGCUGCAUGUCAACACUUUCAUCUCUGAGAUGGUCGCUCAGUUCAAACAGUCAGCUCAACAGAAAGCCAGCAGCAGCAGCUCACAGCAACAAUGUGAUAAACAGGAAGUUUCCUGUGACGUCUGCAGUGGAACCAAACUGAAGGCCCUGAAGUCCUGCCUGGUGUGUCUGGUCUCCUACUGUGAGACUCACCUGGAGCCUCAUCUGACAAUGCCAGGCCUGAGAAGACAUCAGCUGAUCGACCCUAAGACAUGUGUCUGCAUGCUCUGCACUGUUUCAGACCACAAGACACAUGAUGUUGUUCCUCUGAAGGAAGGAUAUGAAGGAAAGAAGGCUGAGCUGGCUAAGAAAGAGGCUGAAAUUCAGCAGAUGAUCCAGAAGAGACAACUGAAGAUUCAGCAGAUCAAACGCUCCAUUAACCUCAGUGUCAAAGGUGCAGACAGAGCAAUAGCAGAAGGUGUUCAGGUCUUCACUGCUCUGAAGGAGUCUGUUGAGAGAGGCCAGGUCGAUCUCAUUAACACGAUCAAAGCAAAGCAGAAAACAACAACAAAAAUGGCAGAAGGCUUCAUCAAAGAGCUGGAACUGGAAAUCUCUGAGCUGAUGAAGAGAAGAACUGAGCUGGAGCGGCUCUCACGUUCUGAAAAUCAAUUCCACCUCCUCCGAAGCUUCCCACCAGUGAAAGCUGCUCCACCCACCAAGGACUGGACAGAGGUCAGCAUCUGUCCAUCAUAUGAGGGGACUGUGGUGAGAGCUGUGUCUCAGCUGGAGGAGACACUCAGUGAACAGAUGAAGAAGCUGGUUGAAGCUGAGCUGAAGAGGGUCCAGCAGUAUGCAGUGAAUGUGACUCUUGAUCCUGAUACAGCACAUCCUGCUCUCAUUUUGUCUGGUGACAGAAAGAAAGUAUAUCCUGGAGAUGUGAAGCAGAAUCUCCCAAACAACCCAAAGAGAUUUUCUCUCAAUCCCUGUGUUUUAGGAGAGCAGAGUUUCUCUUCAGGCAGAUUUUACUUUGAGGUUCAAGUUCAAGGAAAGACUAACUGGGACUUUGGAGUGGCCAGAGAGUCGAUCAACAGGAAGCAAGACAUCCCUCUGAGCCCUGAGGAUGGUUACUGGACUGUAUGGUUGAGGAAAAGAAAUAAGUACAAAGCUCUUGAUAACAUUCCAGUCAGUCUCUCUCUGAAGUCUCAGCCUCAGAAGGUGGGGGUGUUUGUGGAUUAUGAGGAGGGUCUGGUCUCCUUUUAUGACGUAGAUGCUGCAGCUCUUAUCUACUCCUUUACUGGCUGCUCCUUCACUGAGAAACUCUUCCCAUACUUCAACCCAGGUCUUAAUGAGGGUGGCAAAAACUCUGCCCCAUUGGUUCUCUCUCAUAUAUAGACUGAUCAUUUAUUUUUUUUACAGUUAAAACUCCAGACCCACAAUUUGAUUCACUAUCCUAUUUAUUUUAUUCUUCAGUCAUCACAAAUGAUAAUAAUCAAUAUCUCUGUUCAUAAGAUACAAAAAUAUGGGAUUGAGGACUGUUGCGUGCUGCCCUACAUUGUAUCGGGUGUGCUGAGCAGGUGGCCAGAGUUGCCUUGAUGAGGUGGAUGUGACUGGCAGUCAGAGUGCGGGUGAGUGAAAAUUUACCAGGAGCAGCUGAGGGAGGGAAGCAGACUGUGACAGAGAACCCUAGUGGGUGUGGCUGUUUUUCCCCUCUCGCCUCCCCCUCCCUGUCUUUUUCUAAAGGAGCGCAACACUUGACUUUAACGGGUGGAGUUUCACGCAGCAUUUGAAGAUAAUUACAAGCAUGGCCAUUCUUGGCUUUCAAUGUCCGAUAGUCCACCACAAACAUUUUCAUCACAUCUCCUCAGCAAAAAUGAAACAUGGAUUUCGUCUUACUUUUUUUAAAAAAUCAAGAUCUGUUUUUAGCUUGUCAUCGUCUUGUUUUUGUCAUGGAAAAAUGUUUGUUGGUUAAAAAUGUUCGUCAUAGUUUUUAUCAACAAAAUUAACACUGAUAUACACCCGUAUUAUUCAGGCUGAGCACAUACUAGUUAUUUACCCUCUAUCAGCCUCCCUCAGUGGCAAAUAAUUCUCUUUUUAACUACAAUACAGAGUAGGUAUC